AUGGCUGGCCCCCUGUGGCGGGCCACAGCCUUUGUCCAAAGACACAGGACAGCCCUCUUGGUGGGCUCCUGCACAAGCCUGUUUGGAGCUCAAAUCUCCUACCAUCUCUUUGCGGAUCCUGUUGUCCAGUGGCUUUACCAGUACUGGCCUCAGGGCCAGCCAGCCCCACUUACCCCAGAGCUGCGGAGUCUUUUUCAAGAGGUGCUAAAAGACUUGGGCAUCCCCUCAAGCCACUGCUACAAGCCUUUCACCACCUUCACCUUCCAGCCUGUGAGUGCUGGCUUCCCAAGACUCCCUGCUGGGGCCAUGGUGGGCAUCCCCGCCAACUUCCUGGGUGGCCCAGUGACCAACACUAACCAUCCAGUGGUCAUACAUGGGCAAAGUAUCAACUGGCAGAGCCCAGCAGGCACUCGGCUAAAAGAGGCCCUGAUGCUAACCCGUGAUGCCCAGAAAUUUGCCUUGGCCAGAGAGGUGGUUUACCUAGAAAGUGGCACUGCUGCCCUACAAGCUCUACCAGCCCCAGCUUGCCUGGCAGGAACCUGGGCACUGACUGUGGGUGCCAAACAUGCACUAGGGCUCUAUGGAGGCCCCAUGAACUUACGAGCUGCCUUUAACUUGUUGGCAGCAGUGACAGGCUUCGUGGCAUAUGCCUUCUCCUCAGACUCUCUCACUCAUGCCUUGGAAGGCUGGUUGGACCGCCGCACGGCCUCACUGUCUGCAGCCUAUGGCCGGGGUGGAGUGGAGUUCUAUGAGAAACUUUUAUCAAGCAAUGUGGCCCUUCGCAGCCUCUUGGGCAGCCAUGGAGAGAAGCUGUACACACCCAGUGGGAAUGUUGUCCCCAGACACUGGUUCCGCAUCCAACAUUUACCUUACACAGCUCGCCGUGACUCUGUACUGCAAGUGUGGAGAAUGACUGUCAACUCAGGUCGCUUCUGAGGGGCUCAUCAGCAUGACAGUCCCAGCUCAUACAGGUGCCGUCCUGCCACUGACAGUCCCACAUCCACAACCCAAAGUCAGAGUGAUCACAGGGUUUGGAGUUCAGUAGCCUCACCUACCAGUUGUGACCUCAGGGACCUUGGCAAAUUGCUUUAUGAAUCUGGGCCUUGCUUUCCUCACUUGUGAAAUGGAAGGAUGCAAACUACCUCACAGGAUUAUACGGUUGUGUGAAGUCCUGAACAUGAGGGCCAAAUAAACAAGAAGUUCUCCAUCUGGGUCUUUGAAUUCCAACAGACUGUGGGAGGCUAGCCAGGCAUCACCACCGGAGGUGCAUGUGGUGUAUCAGCCCUUCCUUCAACAGAGAACACUGCACCCCCGUGUGCCUAAUGGUCAAGUUCCAAUUUUUCUUCUUUGUAGUACAGAUUAAAAAGACCAAGAUGUGAAGUUAAUGAGGCCUGGGCUGCCUAAGAUGUGGUCUUAGGGAUCAUGGACCACUAUGAAUGCAGAUUGCACACCCAGAGAGGAGGAAAAAGAAGGCCAUAGUGCAUGAGGAGAGCUUAUGCGCCGGGAGAGGGAAAGCAUUCCUAAAACCUGGCAAGAGCUAGACCUGAAGGCAGCAGAAAGAACAAGCCUAUGCGGCAUAGGCUCUGUUGAGAUGCCCUACAGGAUUGUCUUCUGGGUAUGGAGCAGUCAGAAUGUGGAGAGGGGAGGAGUCAGGUGGUGGAAAUUGCUCAGAGAAAACACCGGGGAGAGCAGAGGAGGUAGUGGCAGUAGACCUGGCCUGAUGUCACUCAGAACCAGAGAGCUGUUUAUCCUUCUUGCUUUCUUGAGCCCCCUGGUGGUAACAGAACAAACCCCCAGAGCUUUCUUCCCUGCUAGAAAUCCCCGCAGCUUAAAGUGAGGACAGCUGUGACAGCCAAGCCUAACUUGUCACUCAUGCAAAUUAUGUUUUCCCUAGAAGAGUAGUGAAGAGUUGAGACCUGAUGCUAGUGUAAUGCGAGUACAGGGAUUAGGUCACACUCAGGGAUGGGCACUCAUGAUGCAGAUGGUUCCUGACAGGAGUCCUUGAGAGGAGAAUGGGCCAGCUGGGGCUGAAGAAUGGGCUGGGCAUGGCACAUCUGCUAGAUCCUUCCCACUCUGGGAGCCUAGUACACUGUUCCAGCUUGAAGAUCCAUUUACUAAACCUGGGCAGGCUCCGUACUUGAAGAUGGGACACAGGUCUCUAGUAUCUAGGAUGCCAGAGGGUAUGAGAUUGAUGUGCACAGUAGUGACUGGGUGAAUGAGUUCUCUACCCUGGCAAAUGUUACCUCACUGGGCUCCCUGGGAUGUCACAUGGCUGCUUCCAUAUAUCACAGAUAAGGCUACAUGGGUCACCUAACUCUUAGCUGGAGAAAUGCGCUCUGGAGUCUGGAUAUCAUGAGCUCCACCUCAUUGCUUUCCACUCCCACCCCAUCUACUCUUAGUUAUGAUGGGACCCAAGAUGGCAGCAUCAGGCACUCACUGAGCUGCUAAAAUGCUAAGCACUCUGGUGCUCUGCCUUCCAAAGGUUCUUGUGCUGAAAACUUGGUUGCCAAUGUAGUAGGGCUAAGAGGUAGUAGAACCUGUAAGAGAUGGGGUCAAAUGGAAGGUAAUUAGGUUAUUGCCUUCAGAAAAGCUCUCAAAAUGAGCUUUUCUUUAAAAGGAACAAGACUGGUCCCUCCACACUGGCUUCUUGUCCUAUCAUGUGGUCUCUUCUGUAUGCACUUGUGAUUGUGAUGUCAUCAACCAUGAGGUCUUUGCCAGAGAUGAACAGAAGCUAAUUUCAUGUGUUCAGAUCUCCAGAAUGAGUUAAAUAAAUGUAUUUCUUUGCAGUUACCCAACCUCAGGUAUUUUGUGAUAACAAUGGAAAAUAGACCAAUACAAAAGGUAGCCCCAGUAUGGGCCAGAGCAAGUCUCUGAAAUAGCUGUUUACUUUUCUGAUCCACGUCACAGUCUGUCUCCAUUCAUGGGCUCUUCCUAGUCCUCAAACAGCUUACCCUCUAUCCCUAAAACCUUAACCCCCACAGUCUUCACCUUCUGUUUUGGUGUGCAUGUGGUGCCUUGUUGCCCCACAAUCACACACACAUGCACAUCUAGCUGCAGCCAGCAUACAGGAACAGAGACUCGGAGUCAUGGUGCAAUCAUUAGCUCUGCCCACUCCCAGCCCUAGCUGACCCCACUGGCUUUGGCCCCACUAGCUUCUUCAAUACAUGGCCAUCCAGUGUUCUUAGAGCUAGGUACUCACACCAAAGGUACUGCAGUGUGUGGAGCUUGGGGAAAGCACAUGGUGGACUGAGAACUUUUCCUGUGUUGUGCUUUUAAGUGGUGUGAGUACCAUGAUGCUCAGGUUUGGGAAUUGCUGCCUAAACAUUAACAACUUUUUGGAAAUGGAGCCUCCCCUGGAACAUACAGCUGCUUAACACGGCUUUACUCACAACCUGUCAAAGCCCCAGUCAGGGCAAUUCUGUGUGUUGACAACUUUGGGAAAUUACUUGGCAUCAACAGAGAUCAAAGAACCAGGUGGUCUUAGAGGAGACUGCAGACUGGAGAAAAGGGAACUAAGGUGGGAGUGUCUUGGUUUCUUUUUCCUUGCUAAGGCAAAAUACCCAACACCCAAAGUUAAAAGGAAAGAUUUAGCUCAUGAUUUGUAGAGGGGUCAAUCCAUAAUCAGCUGGCUCUAAGGCAGGACAGCUUCACAGAGAAGAGUUCAUAGCCACCAGAAUACCUUCCGAAAGCAACAAGAAGCCAUUCGUGGACUGUGAAGGAAGAGAAUGAGAAUGCACCAAGAAGCAAGCCUUGCAUGUAGGCUGCUGGGGGAACAACCAGACGCCAGCCUUUUCCCAUGAGUGGGAGAGAACAAGAAGUGAGCCCUCCCUGCAAAUCAGCACCAUGUGUGGGCCAGUGCAGGGAGAACCAGAUGUCAGCCCCUUCUGGCUUGUGGGCUGGGAAAUGAGUCAACACCCACCCCACCCCCAUCACCAUAAGCGACCAGUUGAUCUGGAGAAACACGAGCUGCAAUGAUAACUAUUGAGGUAAAAUAGAAUUUAGUGCUUGUGGUGUUUGAUGUUUCACUGAAUUUGCAGGUCUAGAACCAAUAGUCUUACCAUCUGUUCAGAGGAUGACAAUACAUAAUGUAGCCUCUAUGAGGAAUCACCUUCUGAAGGUGGUGGCCAUUGUUCAUUCCCUAUUACCUUGUUUUGAAGUUUUAUAUCAUUUUCAUUAUUUUGUUGGGUUGGGUUUUGUUCUGUUUUGUUUUGUUUGAUUUUAUUAUGUCUAAUGGCAAGGGCAGCUAUUUCAAAGAUAACAAGAUAUAUUAUGGUAGCCAUUUUAGAUUUACUAUUUUCUUAUUUUGAAGUCCUUUAUUACAUUCAUUACAUUGUUUUUAUUGGUUCGAUUCUGUUGUGUUGAUUUUUACUGUGUCUGAAGAUACCUGCAGCUAUUUUGAAGACAACAGGAGGCAUUAUGGUAACCAUUGUUGAUUUCCUAUUGUUUUGAAGUCCUGUGUCACACAGGACUGUUUGGUUUUGAUUGGCUUUAUUCUGUUUUACUUUUCUUGGUUUUAGUCUCUUUAAAAUUAAAAAAAAAUAAAAAAAAAAAAAAAGCACCAAGAGUCCUUAACAGUUUCUUUCUGCCCUUUUUAUACUCUAUUGAGGCUACUGGGAUUAGGAUCCUUCCAAAUCAAUCAAUGGACUGAUUUAAUCAUCAGUCCCCCUAGGCCCAGAUCAUACACUGUAGAUUCAGCCACCUUGGGAAAAGCCCUAUCUAAGACUGCAUGAGCCUUUGGAAAGACAUGUAGACACAAAUCAUAACUUGGAGGCAGUCUUUUACAUCUGCUGUAUUGGUCAUAUUUGAACACUAAGACAUCCAUUAUUAAUAAAGUUUAGCUAACACUGACACAGCAUCUUCUCUUGGUGAUACUUUCAGAUGGCUCUAGGGGUUCUGGGUCCUGCUGUUCUCAGCCUAGCACAGUCUCUCUUUGGUUCUAAACAGUAUGACAGGGCAAUGCUGUGGGUGCUGUGAUUUGGAUCUCAGAUGGCCCCAAAAGGCCCAUGUAUUAAGGGCUUGGUGCCCAGCUUGACAUGACAAGGAGGUGGUGGGCUGUUACGACUUGUGCCUCAAUGUCCCCCCAGAGCCUCAUGCAGUCAUAGAGGUGCUUUUUAGAGGUGACUGGAUCUAGAGUAUGUGAUGCCAGAAUGUAUGAUUACUAAAUCAGCCCACUGAUUGUUUUGGCAUAGUUCUGGCUACGGUUAGGAUGUGAGUGGUACACCUGGCCUAGGGAAGUUAGCCUCAAUAAAACAUAAGGGACAGAAAGAAGGCUAACAUGCUCUUGCCUACAUGCUUGCCAUGGACGGUUUCUCCUCUCCACUGCCACCCUGCCUAGGAGCCAGCCAACUAUGGAUUGAAACUGCCGUGUGCUGUGAGCCAAAAUAAACCUUGGUUCCUUUAACUUGUGGGUAUCAGGUAUUUUGUUCCAGCGAUAAGAAAGUAACCAAGACACCUAGCAUGUGUGAGGACCUGGGGUCAAUCCCUAGAGCUGCCAAUAAAUAAGUAAAUAAGAUGACUUUCUAUUUCAAAAUAGAAAAGUUGAAUGGUAAUGACUUAGGAAAUUGUGAAAAUUGUUCAGCCAAUUUUAUUGUGUAUGAUGGUGUGGGCAGCUAUUCUGAAAAAAGUGAGACACAUGGUAGCCAUUGUUGAUUUCCUGUUGUCUUGUUUUGAAGUCUUGUAUUGCUUGCAUUGUUCUGUUCUGCUUUGCUUUAUUCUGCGUUGUUUUGUUUGGUUGUAUUCUCUUAAAAACAAAAUAAAUUUAAAAAUAAAGUAAUCUAAAGAA